AUGUCUCCCUCUCGUCACAAUUGUACUGCCUCCCUCCCAACCGUCUCCCUGCCAUUGCCAUUGCCCGUCAGCUACAAUGUCUCCCUCUCGUCACAAUUGUACUGCCUCCCUCCCAACCGUCUCCCUGCCAUUGCCAUUGCCCGUCAGCUACAAUGUCUCCCUCUCGUCACAAUUGUACUGCCUCCCUCCCAACCGUCUCCCUGCCAUUGCCAUUGCCCGUCAGCUACAAUGUCUCCCUCUCGUCACAAUUGUACUGCCUCCCUCCCAACCGUCUCCCUGCCAUUGCCAUUGCCCGUCAGCUACAAUGUCUCCCUCUCGUCACAAUUGUACUGCCUCCCUCCCAACCGUCUCCCUGCCAUUGCCAUUGCCCGUCAGCUACAAUGUCUCCCUCUCGUCACAAUUGUACUGCCUCCCUCCCAACCGUCUCCCUGCCAUUGCCAUUGCCCGUCAGCUACUUUAGCCGCAUGGCCUAAGGCCCUACACUCUCUGCCUGCCACUGCUCUGCCUGCCAAUGCUCUGCCUGCCACUGCUCUGCCUGCCACUGCUCUGCUCUCCCUACCCUUCGCUCUGCCUGAUUUUCAUGCCUCCUGCCUCCUGCCACUGCUCUGUCCGCGCAGCUGGUUGGACAACAACAAGAUUGAAGGCUCUCUGCCGACUGGCCUCUGGUUGGACAACAACAAGAUUGAAGGCUCUCUGCCGACUGGCCUGUGCUCGCUGCCCCUGCUGUGGCGCUUCAACAACUACCUCUAUGGACCCCUGCCAGACUGCCUCUUUGACAAGUGCAUCAACCAAAUUGAUGUGAGCGGCAACAGCCUGUAUGGGCGCAUCAACCGCGAUUUCAAGCACAUGGUGGCGAACAGCGGCGCCCCUCGUCAACCUGGCUCGCAACUUCUUCUUUGGGGAAGCCGUGCUCUUUGCUGCUGGCUGCAAGGUCUGCCCCACCGAGGGGCCGGGCUGAAGCUGAGGGUGAGUCUGUCGGGCAACUGCCUGACGCUCAGCCCAAGCACAGAGUGCUCGGUCAACGCCACCCAGCGCAGCACGGCAGCCUGCCAGGCGUUCUGCAGCAUCACGGACAACGGCCCGUGUGACGGCCAUGGGGUGUGUGUGCCGGCUGACCCCACCUCUGCAGCAGCAUCACGGACAGCCUCCCCCUCCAACUUCACGUGCCUCUGCGAUGCCGGCUACUCCACUCUCGACUCAGGCAACGGCUCCACAUGCGCCAUUGUCAACUCCACCACCACCACUGCUCUGCCAUUAUUACUGCAUUUCAGCUCUGCCUCUUCGUUGCUCCCAUAUUCUGUCUACUCAUUUACUCCCCUGGUCGUUCAUCCCCCUUGUCCUCAUGUGUGCGCAGAGAAGUGGGAGGGGUUGGAUGUGUGUGAGCAGUUCUCGCUGCAGCAGAUGCUUAAGGCCACCAACAACUGGUCGGAGGACAAUGUGCUGGGCAAGGGAGGCUUCGACAUUGUCUACAAAGGCCGCUCGUCACAUGGCCAGCUGUGGGCCAUCAAGCGCUCCACCAUCAUGACCAACGACUUUGAAACGGAGCACAGGGAGCAGCAGAGGGCCUGGCGUACCUGCAUGGGUUUGACACACCCAUCGUUUCAUCGCGACAUCAAGCCAGCCAACAUCCUUGUGACUGGAGACAUGCAAGCCAAGGUGGCUGACUUUGGGUUGCUCAAACGCCUCACUCACGGCGAUGCUGAUGCCACGCGAGUGGCCGGCACUCCGGGAUAUGUGGAUCCGGAUUACAACCGCACCAACGUCAUCACAGCCAAGAGUGACGUGUUCAGCUUUGGAAUCGUGCUUCUUGAGUUGCUGAGUGGAAAGCCGCCACGAGCAAUGAAGAGGGUGGAGGCGUAUGAUCUGGAGGAGCUGAGGGACAGCAAGAUGCCAGUGGUCAGUGAGGAGGCAAUAGUCGACUUUGCAGAUCUGGCUCUAGACUGCAUCAAGUCUCCCGGCACACGGCGACCCACCAUGAAGGAUGUGGCAUGCCGCCUCAGCGCCCUCAUUGCCAAGCACUGUCCCGACAGGGAGGACGAGUGGGAGAGUGUUGCGAAGGAAGAGAGUGAAGGCAACGAGGGUAUAUCUUCAAGGGAUGUUUCUGCUGCGUCGUUUGAGAGCAGUGGGAGGGAGGCUGAAAGGUCUCAUGGCUCACAUUCUAAUGUGAGCUCGUUCAUGCGUGUUGGCUCGAUAGGUGAUGGCCUAUGGAGUUGGCUACAGUUGAAGUCAACCAAAGGGCGUUAA